CUCCAUUCAUUCCCGCGCCGCCGCCUGCCUCCUCCUCUGCUGCCGCCGCGGGAGGCUGCCCGGCCGGCUGAGAGGAUGCCAUUCCCUGUGGAUAUAUUGAACAACUGCAGUCAUGAGGACUUGGAGAAAUCAGCAGAGAGCUACUUAUCUGACCUUCAGAGUGGGGAUCCAGAGCAUCCUGAAUUCUUUUCUCUGCCAGGCCAUGGCAAAAUUCCUAUUAUCUUGCCAACUGUGGGCUUCGUUCCUCUUUAUGGUGAAGAGCAGACACACAAAGUUCUUGCUUUGUUUGCACCAGGGGAUUUGCUCACAGCUGUAGCCCUAUAUCUUGCUGAACAGUGGUGGUCAAUUGAUGACAUUGUGAGAACAUCUGUCCCUUCUAGACAGGGGCUUCAUCAGGUGAAGUCUCUUGGAGAGAGGGUUGUUCUCUAUGUUCUAAAUCGAAUUAUCUACCGGAAGCAAGAAAUGGAGGGAAAUGAGGUCCCUUUUCUCUGUCAUGGUAGCAGUGACUAUGCUAAGAUCAUGUGGAAAAAAGGAGAGGCUAUUGGGUUCUAUUCUGUUAAACCUACAGGAAGUGUUUAUGGCUCUUACUGUGCUCAGAGGUACAAGCUACCUGUGCUAGACACAAUAUUUGUAAGAAAGAAACAUCGUGGAAAAGACUCUGGGCUAAUCAUGUUGGAAGACUUUGUGGAUUCCUUUAAUGAAGAAAAUCUUGGCCUAAGGUACCCACUGUCGUCUUUCAUGUAUGCUGCUUGUAAGCAGUAUCUUGAGAAGUACCCUGGGGAUAAGUCGCUCUUCUGGGAAGUGGAGGGAGCAGGGCAUUGGUUCCAGAGAAGGUCUGUUACACAGAGAAUACAAAGAGAGAACCUCAAAAUUACAGAGACCUCACAGAAAGAAAACAAGACUAUUCAAGCAAAAGUUCGGUUGCAGCAGUCUGCAGCAGUAUCCGAAGCAAGUGGACAGAAGACUGAGCUAGAGACACAUCUAACUGCUGACCCUCAAAAAGGUAAAGAAUCAACAGAUGUUCAUGCCAGCACAUCUCAAGACCCUAAUAUAGCUCCUGUAUUCCUUCGGACACGAAGCAGUAAUUUAAAACGUCCCAGGAUAGGAAGACAUAGACAGGAACCUGAACCUGGAACUUCCCAAGGAAAUACGGAAAAUGCUCUUCCUGUGUCAGAAAGCAGGCUGGAACUUCCUUCUCAUACAUCUGAAAGCCCUGAGGACUUAGUAGAAGUACCUGAGGAGAAUACUUCUGAGGAGGAUGAGAAAAAAAUUAUUGAAAAUAAGAGCCAGUCUGCAUCAGAAGCAGAACUACAUGUGUCACCCCCUGAGAAACAGAGUGAGAAGGAGGAAACUCCAUCUGAACCUCUUAAUGGUGAGGUAGAAGAGGAAACUGAUAAGACUUUAGCUGUGGCUGAAGAGAGGACGGCAAAUGAAGUUCUAAGUGGUGAAUCAAAAUUGCAGUCUGAGAGUCAAGGAGAAGAAAAUUUAACACAGUUGGUUCCAUUAAUCCUUGAGUCCUCAGCAAAACCUUCAGAAGACAGUGUAUCAGAGAAGGUUUUAAAUUCAAAUGAUUCAGAAGUGCUGACUGAAGAAACUAUGUCUGUAGAGAAGGAGGGCAAUGAAGAGCAGCAACAAUCUGAAAAGACCAGCACUGAAAAUGCAGUUGCUUCGCUGUCAAAGGAAGAGCCUUCUGACAAUGGUUUGCUUAACGCUAUGGUAAGUGAAGCAGUAGAAGAAACUUCUUCUGAAAACAGUGGGGAAGAUCCAAAUGAGGAAGCAGGAGUGAGUCAGAGCUCUGUGAUAGUGGUUGAACUUGAGGGUGCUUCUUUGCAGCAGUCUGCUGGACAGGAAGGACAGAAGAACCAGUUGGAAGAGCACUCAGAAGGGCCUGCUGAGCAGGUAGAUCAGUCCAUGCAGACAACAGUGGAGCAGGCUGCAGACAGCAGCUCUGAGGAAGCAGAAGUUGAAGUACCGAUUGUAGACCGGAGAAACCUGCGAAGAAAGGCCAAAGGCUACAAAGGUCCACCCAAGAAGAAAGGAAAACCAGCUUAAAAAUGAAAUACUGAUUGUUUAUUCAGCUAUUUAUAAGACAGUUACUAUUUUGUGUAAAACACUAGGGUGUAACUAAACCAUAUGGGAUGCAGGACACACACACGUUUCAAAUUCUAGGUUGGACCUCCUCUUGGGAUUCGUCACCUUUCCUCAAGUUUUCUUGAAUUUUUAACCACUAGACAUAAAGCUUCAUCAGAGUAUGAAAGUAAACAGCCAGUCUCCUCCUUUUAUAAAGGAUAUGUGCUGAAUAAAUACAGUUGUGCUAGCAAAGGGAACAGUUUCCAUGUUUGUGGUGGCAGUUGUGAAAGAAAAAUGCAGUGUGAAUUCCUGGCCCUAUCAAGGUCCCUUAAAUUCCCAUAAAAUUCCAUGAGGCCAGGCAUCACUCGCAUUUUUUUUUAAUAAUGUUGUGUUCUCUACCAUGGAAAGAAGUAGAACAAGAAAAAUCAUUCCUUGCCUCUUGUUCCCUCUCCAUAGGUUCUCUCAGAUGAGAUUUAAAAGAAUGUAAGAUUCUGUAAUUCUAGGUCUCAAAAUACUCAAGAAAGUAUAAGUCAGUAGAUAAAACUACAGAAGCAGCAUCUGUCUUUCAUGAGAAUCACUUGAAACAGCUGAGUCAGAAGCACUGUCAGAGCAGCAUCUGCCGUAGCGCACUCUGAUAAUAAAGUUCUUUUCGUGAAGAUUAAGAGAUGCCUACACAGGAAACAGAUUUGUUGCUUCCAGUUGAGAGAUGCCUACACAGGAAACAAUUUGUAGCUUACAAAGCAAGCAUCUCUCUUUAAGCUUAAGUUUUUUCAGAGUGUAUGGAGUAUAGACUCCAGUACACGUAAGAAAUAGCUUGAACUGCCUUCCUAACUACUUGCAUGUGUUGAGCGGUUACUCAACUUGAUUACUCGUUACAUUACAGGAAAAAGAUAUGACUUUUGAUCUCGUUUUGGUCUGAAUGGAAGUUGUGCUUUGUGUUUUCCAAAUACUCGGCUGGUGCUGUGGGUAACUGUUAAAAUGUUGUGUCUGCCAGGUGUAUAACUCCUGUGAGUGCUGGCAUUUCAGGUGGUUGUUACAUUCAUUAGUGUGAAUAUUAGUGAGUGUUUCGGCCAAUGCUUGUUUGCCAAACUGCCUUUAGGAGUUAGCAGGAGAUUACUUGCAAAUCUCAUUCCCACUUUCUUUUUCUAACUUGCGUGUAAUGCCUGGGAUGAUAGCUUCUCCAUACAUAGCCUUUCUGAAAGCAGCGACCAAACUUUGCUACAUGCAGGCAGAAAUAAAAACAGGCUUGUCAUCCAUCUUUCCCUUCAGAGGGUUUCCUGGCAAACCAUGUAUUUAGCUUAAUUUGUCACACAUACAGUAAGUUACUCCUUAGUUUGCUAUGUGUUUCUUUCAGUAAAUGAAGCUCCUCUUGUAAUGGGUUAAAAACUCAGAAAUAAGAAAGAACAGUGGUUCUAAGAGCAGAAAAUCACACCACUAUUUGUCCUGCUAUAUGCCUUUUCUAAGAUGAGAGAACUAGUCUCCCACAGUGUCUCUGAAGUAGACUUAACUAGAAAAGGCUGUUAGGACUUCUGAGUACAAGGUUCACUUUAAUAGUUGCAAAGGUGUCCUAACUUUUAUACCUCUGUGAAGCUAGUGUCAGAAUUGGUUUUGGCUUUUAUGCUUAUACAGUUUAACUGUAUUUAUAAGAUAUUUUAACUGUAUAAGAUACAUUCAUACUAUUUUCUUCAGUUGAUGAAGUACCAUGCUCCUUUUUAACCAGUUAAGAGCAGCUUACAGGGGAUAAAAAACAAGAGGUUUUUAAGAAAUGUGUAUUACCUGAAUUUACAUUCGGGGUGCAUGGGAUUACCGAGUUAAAUCUGUUCAUUGAACUAUUGCUCAUAGCUGUAACUUGCUGUCAAUGUGCAUACACGUACUCCUUAUGAACCUUUUGACUGAUAAAACAUCCAAGAUCUUUCAUGAGUCUUUGUAAAUGUAUUCAAGUGAACCUUAAGCAUUUCUAAAACCAGUCGUUUCUAUAAAACACAUGACACAAAACUUCUGUUAUCUUCUGGAUGGCUUCUCUUUUAGUGCUAAGAUUUAUUGUACAGAAAAAAAAGAGUGGCUAGAAAACACAUACUGAAUUGCUAAGAAUUUAGGACUUGUGAGGGCUGGUGGCUUUGAAAAGGUGAUAUACAGUAUAUUGUGACGUGUCUUUCAUUUUUAGAGCAAGCUUUAUAAAGAUUAAUCUGCUGAAUACUUAACUGAAAAAUGUAUCCACGUAAAAAAAACAUCAAGGAUUUUCCUUAUGAAAAACUAUUUCAGUUACUUUAUGGUGGAUUUUACGUACAUUUAUUCCUUGUAUUCCCUAUGAGAUGGGAAAACUGUUCAUUGGAAGGUAAGGUCAGUCAUCUGGCUUACUUUUCAUGGAUAAGUUGGAACCAGUUUUGAUUACUGUCUUUUAAGCAUAUUUCUUUUUUGCAUAUUGAAUACAUAAAUAUUCCAACAGGAUUAUUAGAUUACAACAGUCUUUGUUUCUACUGAGAAGAAUCAGAUUGCUAACCUCAUUUCACUAUAUCAGUUAUAAAUACUUUUAAAAUUAACUUAAAUUCACAUCUUUUAAGUAUAGUCUUGAGUCUGUAAAUCUUGGGUACUGAUUGAACUGAAAGGUGUAGUUUAUUUCUAUAACAACUUCUUUGGCACCAAUCAUUUUGCAGUAAAUACGGAGUAGGAAAAUGAAAACACUGACUUUAAUAAUAUUUUUUAUUGCUGUAAUGAUUGUCCCAUUGGAACAGUAGUUUAAAAUUAGUCUGCACCUUCUGUUGCAUUAAUGCAAGGGAACAUAUCUGACAACUGUAUUAACUGAUGUGUUUUACCUUGAGAAAAGCAGACUACUUUAGGCAUGGAUGAUUUUUUUCUUUCUUUUUUUUUUUCUGGCUGUUAACUGUCUUAUUACCAUCAAACUCUUCCAGAAUUUUUAAGAUCUUGUACCAGCAACCAAUGAGUAAAACACCAACUUUAUACAAGUUUGUACCAAACAUUAUUACAAUAUGCUGUGGAACUACAUGUGUACAGUGAAAAACAUCAGUAUUAUUUUUGAGCUUUAUUUAGUCUAGGAAUAGAGUUUAAAGAACAUUAUUUUGCGAGUUCAGCAUUGCACUUGAAUGGUAAAUGGUUUUCCAUCUGAAUCAGACAUUUUUUCAAAUGGCUCUGUUAUCUUGUUAAUUUUUAAUGAGAUUUGCUUUACUUCUCCCACAUUCUCUUUUGCUGUGUAUUAAUUUCAUGCAGAAUUCUUGUUUGCUGUUCUCAUGUUUCAUAGCCCUUUACAUGAAAAUGUAUACAUGUCUUAUUUCAGAAGUGCUUUUAACUUAUUUGAUGUGAUGUCUGACCUUGAUUUGUUGCUUUUUCUACUGUUUCAUUUGUAGAUGUCAGUAAUCAACUUCAUCAUUUAUGAUGUCAUCAACACUACUAAGUUAAACAUAGCAACAAAUAGGCCUGUGUUUCAGCUUCUCUGCUUUAAGUGACCGUUCUAAAAUCUUACUUCUAAGGGGAUACACUUCUGAAUUUAUUUUCAGAAAUAUGGUGUUAGAUGUUUUCUAAACUAGUGAUAAUCCUGUUUAUAAACCUUAUGAAAAGAUGUGUUGCUAUUCUAGAAUAUUGUACUCAAGUCUUGUUACAGUGCUAGAUUUUUCCUUUUUUUAGUACUGUCUUGGCUGCUUUUGAAAUGUUUUGAAGUAGUAAUUAAACUUAUAUUUUGUGAUUA